AUUUGAUCUUUCUAUAUAUGUUUACUUGUGAUGAUUUAAACAUAGCCCAUUUUGGGUUUUGACUGAAUAAAGGAAAUAUAAGUGUAUUUUUCUUAUAAGGGGAUCUUUUGUGUGGAUAUAUAAUUACAUAUAUAAGCUAAUAUAUAUAUUUUUUGUGUUAAAGUUUGGAUCUUUUGGAAGAUUAAAGAUUUUGAAAGAAACCCCAUUUUAAUAUUUGUUAAAAAGAGGAAUAAAAGGUGCAUUUCUUGAAUAUGGGAUCUAGUGUUUAAGGUAUAUAGAUUUAUAUCUAUAGGUUAAAGAUUUGAUCUUUUACAUAAAUUCAAGACUUUGAAAGAACUCACUUUGAAUUUUAGGAAAGGGGAGCUUAAAAAGUACUGAUUGUGAGGUUUGGAGUAAUAGCUUUGACUUUUGAAAAGUCAAGAUUUUGGAAAUCUUAGAAAAAAAAAGUUGAAAUUUAGGUACUUUUGAGGUUUAGAUUGAGGGGUUGUUUUGCAAGAAAUGUGGGAUGUUCAGAAAAUUGAUUAAUUGUUGUUCGGCUUGUUGGAGCCCGAUUUUCGGGAAUGAUCAAAAAGAAACUGGUGUAGGUGGUAAUGGUGAUUUUAAGAAAGAUGGGUUGUUGUGGUUUCAUGAUAUAGGGAAACACGGAUAUGGGGAGUAUUCGAUGGCCGUAAUUCAAGCAAACCAAGUGCUUGAAGAUCAGUGCCAAAUUGAGUCGGGUCCUUUUGGAACAUUUGUUGGAGUUUAUGAUGGUCAUGGAGGACCAGAUGUUGCACGAUAUAUUUGCGAUAACUUGUUCAGGCAUUUCAAAGCAAAUUCGACCGAAAGUCGUGGUGUCAUGACACCUGACACAAUCAAAAGGGCAUUUCUAGAAACUGAGAACGGGUUCACAGCUCUUGUAUCUCAAAUGUGGAAUAGCCGACCAAGUCUUGCAACCGUUGGAUCUUGUUGCUUGGUUGGGGUCGUGUAUCACCAAACACUUUUUGUGGCCAAUCUUGGAGAUUCUCGCGUUGUGCUUGGUAGGAAAGUUGGCAAUACUGGAGGUGUAAUGGCCAUGCAGUUGUCAAAGGAACAUAAUGCCAAUCUUGACAGUAUUAGACGUGAGUUAAGAGAUAUGCACCCACAUGAUCCUCAGAUUGUUGUGUUAAAACAUGGAGUUUGGAGAGUUAAAGGCAUUAUUCAGGUUUCUAAGUCAAUUGGGGAUGUUUAUAUGAAGCAUGCACGAUACAACAAGGAACCAAUUGCAGCAAAGUUUCGACUUCCUGAACCAAUGGUGAUGCCGAUCUUAUCUGCUAGUCCGUCUAUCCUUUCUCAUCCUAUUGAACCAUGUGAUUCUUUUCUGAUAUUUGCUUCGGAUGGUUUAUGGGAACACUUGACUAAUGAAGAAGCGGUUGAUAUUGUUCACAAUAGUCCACGUGCUGGAAUUGCCAAGAGGCUGGUGAAAGCUGCUCUACAUGAAGCAGCAAAAAAACGAGAAAUGCGAUAUUCAGAUCUUCGCAAGAUCGAUAAACGUGUUCGUCGACAUUUCCACGACGAUAUAACCGUAGUUGUUUUGUUCUUAAACCAUGAUCUUAUAUCUAGAGGGUCGGCUAAUGGCCCUAUAGUCUCUAUCCGAAGUGCUUUAGAACACUAGUUUUUGUAAUCAACACCUUAAUUCGAGACCUCCUAGUCCUAGACUUGAAGAAUGAUACCUUUUUUUGGUGAUUCAGAAGUUGUUAUGAUUGUUGUUUUUAAUGUUGUUAUAAAGUUCGAUUA